AUCACAUUAUAUCAAAUGUGCAUGUAGUCUUGGUGCUGUGGCUCAUGCCUGCAAUUCCAGCACUUUGGAAAUCCAAGCACUUUGGAGGCCCAGUACUUGAGGUUAGGAGUUCAAUACCAGACUGGGCAAUAUAGAGAGAGUACUUCUCUACUGGGAAAAAAAAAAAAAGCUGAGUGUGGUGACACCCUCCUGUAGUUCCAGCUACUUGGAGGCUGAGGUGGGAGGAUCACUUGAACCCAAGAGGUUGGGGUUGCUGUGAGCUAUGAUUGUGCCACUGCACUCCAGCCUGGGCAACAGAGCGAGGCACUGUCUCUAAAAAAAAGAAGAAGAAGGAGAAGAAGAAAAGAAAAGAAAAAAGUGAAAGAAGUGUACCUACUAUCAGCAUGACUAUCGAGGUUGGCCUUGACCCAUCUGAAGUAGUGUUUGUCAAGUUUUCCCAUUGUAAAGUCACUCUUUCCUCCCUCCUCCUUUCUCCCCCAACCUUAUACUAUACACUUUGAAAAAAUGUCAUUAUGUGCAGCCCACACCUAAGGAGUGGGAAGUUAUGUGUUAUGCUCACCCCUUCCUUUUUGUCUAAAUCAUAUUACAUUUCUAAUAUCAAAGUGAUUUUAAAGAAAACCAUAAAUCAUGAGAUGCCGACACAGAGUUCCUUUCUUUUACAUGCUAAAUUAAAUCUAGAAUCAAAUCCUAUUGAUUAUUCCUUUGAAAUUUAUCCAGAAUCCAAUAACCUCUCACCACUUACAUUGCUACCAUUCUGGUCCAAGCUACCAUCAAUCGCUCUUCUAAAUUAUUGCAGCAGUUUUUGAUCUGGUGUCCUUGCAUCUCUGCCCUUGCCCUGCUACAGUUUAUUUUCAAUAUAGCAAUCAAUGGUCCUCUUAAAACCUCAAAUCACAACCUCAGCCAGGUGCGGUGGAUCACAACUGUAAUCCCAGCACUUUGGCAGGCCAAUGUGGGUGGAUUGUCUGAGGUCAGGAGUUCAAGACCAGCCAGGCCGACAUGGUGAAACUUCAUCCCUACUAAAAAUACGAAAAUUAGGCUGAACGCGGUGGCUCACACCUGUAAUCCCAGUACUUUGGGAGGCCGAGGUGGGUGGAUCAUUUAAGGUCAGAAGACCAGCCUGGCCAACAUGGUGAAACCCUGUUUCUACUAAAAAUAAAAAAAUUAACUGGGUGUGGUGGUGUGUGCCUGUAAUCCCAGAUACUCAGGAGGCUGAGACAGAGGAAUCGCUUCAACCUGGGAGGCAGAGGUUGCAGUGAGCCAAGAUUGCACCACUGUACUCCAGCCUGGGCGACAGAGUAAGGCUCCGACUCAAAAAAAAAUUCACCAGGAGGCUGAGGCAGGAGAAUCGCUUGAACCUGGGUGGUGUAGGUUGCAGUGAGCUGAAAUCACACCACUGCACUCUAGGGCAACAGAGCAAGACUCUGUCUCAAAAAGAAAAAAAAAGCAAAUUAGCUGGGCCUUGUGGUGGGUGCCUGUAAUCCCAGCUUCUCAGGAGGCUGAGGCAGGAGAAUUGCCUGAACCUGGGAAGCAGAGGUUGCAGGAAGCCAAGAUGGUGCCACUGCACUCCAGCCUGGGUGACAGAGCAAAACUCCAUCUCAAAACAAACAAAAAAAAACAACCCUAAAAUCAGAUUAUGUCAGUCCUGUAUAUAGAAUCCUCCAAAGGCUUCCCAUGUAACUUGAGUGCAGCCAAAUCCUUAUCCUGGCCUGCAAGGCUCUAUAUGGUCCAUCAACCCCCUAACUCCUUCUCACCUCCACUUAAUACUCUUCUCCUUGAUCACUCUGGUCAAGACAUACUGGCCUCCUGCUCUUCCUUGAAGAUACCAGGAAGCUCCCACCUCAGUGCCUUUGCACUUCAUGUACCCAAUUGCAGUCAUUGAGAUGUGUCACUUAUAUCUCUUUCCAGAAAGAACUGUCCAAUCAAGUGCAAAGAGUACAGUGUUGACAGCCUUCGGCUGUGGCCUUUGGAAUCUGCCUUAGCUUUGGUGCGCGUUCUUUCUUGGAAGCCUCAGGCAGUGACUAGGCACAAUAAGCAUUCUAAGGCCCAGCCAUUUCUGCCUAAUGUGGGACUCUUCUAACGGGCAGUCUUUGUUCUGGCUCCUCACUGGGCUGGCCAACAGUUUGUCAGACAUGCAUAGCUGUCUGAGGCCCUUCCUGUUCUCACACUAAAGAUCAGGUACUGACCAUCAUUCCCCUUAAAAUUUGUGCCCUAGAUGCCAAGAUUUUUUUCAGGAAGCGCAAAAUGAUGCUCUAUAGAGCACAUAUUUCUUUGCUAGUUUGAUACAUUUUCACUCUCUUAAAAGGGUAGAUGCUUAUUCUGACCAAGGCAGCCUACAAAUACAGCUCAAACUAAGAUAUUCCCAUAUUGCUCAGGAAACUAACCAAAGUGGAGUGUUCAGCAAAAUAAGUGACAUUUCAAAUCCAGACUCUGCACUAACUAGCUGUGGGAUCUUAAUACAUUUCAUCUCUUGUUAAAAAGGAAUAACAGUUCUCUAUUUUAGCUGUUAGGAAAAGACUAUUAAAAAUUGGUGGAGAAAGCACUAUUACCACAUUAGCUGUGUAAAUAACUAAAUUAUCAAGGAAUAUUAAUACGAUACAUACAGUCUUCCCUUUGUAUCCACAGGGGAUUGGUUCCAGGAACCCUAGGGAUACCAAAUUCUGCCCACAGAUACUCAAGUCUUUUAUAUAAAAUGACAUAGUAUUUGCAUAUAACCAAUGUACAGCCACUUUUACACUUUAAAUCAUCUUCAAACAAAAAUUAGUUGGGCAUGGUGGCAUGUGCCUGUAGUCUUAGCUUCUAGGGAGCCUGAGGUGGAGGUGAGUCUGGUGACAGAGUGAGACCCUGUCUCAUAAAAAAAAAUCACCUCUAGACUACUUAUAAUGAAUUGUACAAUACCUCACACAUUGUAUAAUAUCAAAUACAGUGUACAUGCUACGUACAAAGUGGUUAUAAUUUUAAAUUAAAUUUAUUCGAGAGAUAGGGUCUCUCUCUGUCACCCAUGCUGGAAUGCAAUGGUCCAAUCAUAGCUCAUUGCAGCCUCAAACUUCUGGGCUCAAGCAAUCCUCCCACCUCAGCCUUCUUAGUAGCUAGGGCUACAGGCCUGUACUACCACACCCCACCAAUUCUUAAAUUUUCUGUAGACACAGGGUUUUGCUAUAUUGCCCAGCUGGUUGGUCUUGAACUCCUGGCCUCAAGAAGAUUCUCCCAUCUUGGCCUCAAAGUGUUGGGAUUACAGGCAUGAGCCACCGUAUCCAACAUGUGUGUCUUAUUUGUAUUAUAUUAUUAUCAUUAUUUUUGAGGCAGGGUCUUGAUCUGUCAUUACCCAGGCUGGAGUGCAGUGGCACAAUUUCGGUUCACUGCAACCCUUUGCCUCCUGGUUCAAGCCAUCCUCCCACCUCAGCCUCCCAAAUAGCUAGGACUACAGGCAUGUGCCAUCAUGCCUGGCGAAUUUUUUGUAAUUUUUGUAGAGAUGGGUUUUUGCGAUCUUGUCCAGACCGAAUUUGCAUUAUUUUUAUUGUUGUUAUUUUGUUCCCCUCACCCGAGUAUUUCCAUUUGCAGUUGGCUGAAUCUGUGGAUAUGUAACCCACUAACAGAGGGCUGACUAUAUAUAAAUACAUAACUAUCGAUACCAUAUAUAAUAUCAACACUAGUUGUAGAGAUAGGUAUAUAUGGUUUAUAAAUUUAAGUCACAUUCUUUUCUUCCACUCAACGGCAAUUUAAAAUUUUUAUGUUACUUGGCUGGGGGCGAUGGCUCUCGACUGUAAUCCCAGCAGUUUGGGAGGGCAAGGUGGGUGGAUCACUUGAGCUCAGGAGUUCGAGACCACCCUGGUCGGUGAAACCCCGUCUCCACUAAAAAUACAAAAAUUAGCCUGUAACUCCAGCUACUCAGGAGGAUGAGGCAGGAGAAUCACUUGAACCCAGGAGGUGGAGAUUGAGGUGAUCCGAGAUCGCGCCUUUGCAUUCCAGCCUGGGCGACAGACUGAGGCUCCGUCUCAAAAAAAAAAAAAGUAUGUCACUAAGACAGAUGGCUUCCUAAGGAAACAAACUAGAAGAAAUCUAGAACUUGAGGGCAGAGUUUGAAAACUGUUCUUCUGGUGUCCACUUCCAGUCGCCGACCGACGACUGUCGUAUAGAGCACUUCCGGCUUCAUCAGCCAGUCGCUCCUCAGUCUACCUAGCUGGGUUUUCCAUUGCACUUGCGCAAGGCCUACCCCGCCCCGGAACUUAACCGUUGACGAAAUGGAGGGUUUAAAUCCUCGGAUUCUUGAUCCUGGAGCGCCGAGUGCGCCUGCAGUUCUCUAAGAAGACUUGGGAUUGGUCGAACGAGGAACGAGUGCGGGACGCUGAUUGGUUGGCAAACCAAUACGUCACGACGAUCGUGCUCGGGGCUCCAGCACCGCCCCCGUUCCCUGACUGGCGGAGUUUCUGACCAGUCAGCAGGCGUGGCGCGGCCUUCGGUUUCGCGAGCUUGUGAUUGCCGCCUCAGUUCCCGCGACCCCAACGUCCCUGAGGCGGGGCUGGAGUCGGCGGAGGCGCUUCCUGGAGUUGGUCUCUACCAACAGACCCCAGCUUUGCGGAGUUUGAGGAUACUGAGGAUUUGAAAUUUUAAAAAUCAUUCACCAGAUAUCAUGGAGCCUACAUAUCCUCUUGCAUGGCCCCAGAUGAAUACCAGAUGGAGUUUCGCUCUUGUUUGUCAGGCUGGAGUUCGAUGGCACGAUCUCGGCUCACCACAGCCUCCCCCUUCCAGGUUCAAGCAGUUCUCCUGCCUCAGCUUCCCAAGUCACUGGGAUUACAGGUUUCCUUCAAGCAGAAUGGUACCUUUCCACUUUCCUCCAUCAAAAUGUGCCCUUUGGAACCCAGUGCCAACUGGAGAUUUCAUCUACUUACAUCUCAGUUACUACAGAAAUCCAAAGCUUGUGGUGACUAAAAAGACCAUCCAACUUGCUUAUCGUCAUGCUAAGCAGAAUAAAAAAAAUUCGUCAUGCUUUUUACUUGGUUCUCUGACAGUAGACGAAGAUGAAGAAGGUGUGACAUUGACAGUAGAUCGCUUUGAUCCUGGUCGAGAAGUACCUGAAUGCUUAGAAAUAACCCCUACUGCUUCUCUUCCUGGGGACUUUUUGAUUCCAUGCAAAGUUUAUACUCAAGAACUUUGUUCUAGAGAAAUGAUAGUUCACAGUGCAGAUGACUUUAGUUCAGCUUUAAAGGCUCUACAGUGCCAUAUAUGUAGCAAAGAUUUCUUGGACUGUGGUAAGCUGCUUUCCCUAAGAGCUCAUAUCACCUCCAGGGAGAAUUUGGACACUGUGGAUUUUGACUUGCAUUGGGCAGCAGUAACUCUAGCAAAUAAUUUUAAAUGCGCACCUGUGAAGCCUAUCCCCAUUAUUCCAACAGCUCUGGCAAGAAAUUUGAGCAGUAAUCUGAAUAUUUCUCAAAUUCAAGGGACUUAUAAAUAUGGAUAUCUUACCAUGGAUGAAACACGAAAAUUGUUACUUUUGUUGGAAUCUGAUCCCAAGGUUUAUUCUUUACCAUUAGUGGGAAUUUGGCUAUCUGGAAUUAUACAUAUCUAUAGUCCUCAGGUAUGGGCUUGCUGUUUGCGAUACAUAUUCAAUUCUUCUGUUCAAGAAAGGGUUUUUUCAGAAUCUGGAAAUUUCAUCAUAGUUCUCUAUUCUGUGACACAUAAGGAGCCUGAGUUUUAUGAAUGCUUCCCUUGUGAUGGCAAGAUACCUGACUUUCGGUUUCAGUUGCUAACCAAUAAGGAAACAUUACAUCUCUUCAAAAAUGUUGAACCUCCUGACAAAAAUCCAAUCCAUUGUGAAUUGAGCGCUGAAAGCCAAACUGCAGAAACAGAGUUUUUCAGUAAGGCUUCCAAGAAUUUUUCAAUUAAGAGGUCUUCCCAAAAGUUAUCUCCUCGAAAAAUGCCAAUAAAUGAUCAUGACUCUGGUGUUGAAGAUGAAGAUUUUUCUCCAAGACCAAUUCCUAGUCCUCAUCCAGUGAGUCAGAAGAUUUCUAAGAUCCAACCAUCAGUUCCUGAACUUUCACUUGUGUUGGAUGGCAAUUUCAUAGAAUCAAACCCUUUGUCUUCUCCAUUGGAAAUGGUGAAUAAUGAAAAUUCUCCUUUGAUUAACCACUCUGAACACUUGAAGCCAUUGCAACCCCAGCUUUAUGAUGAGAAACACAGUCCAGAAGUUGAAGCUGGAGAGCCUUCCUUGAGAGGAAUACCAAAUCAGUUAAAUGAGGAUAUGGCUCUUUUGAGACACUGCAAAGUAAGACAGCCACCUGCCUGUAAGAAAGUGAACCCACAUACCAGGAACAGUGUUAAACCAUCUUCUCAUAAUGGGCCAUCUCCUGAUAUAUUAGAAAAGCUCCAAGCAGUUGCUGCUGGAAAUGUCCAAAACAAAGAGUAUCCUAUAAGACCCUCCACACUUAAUUCUAGGCAGUCUUCUCUUGCCCCACAGUCCCAACCACAUAAUUUUGUUUUAUUACCCCAUAAUUCAGAAAGGCAAAUGGAACUUCAGAUACCUAUUCACCCGCCGCCAUCUUACUGUUCCACAAACGUUUGCAGGUGUUGUCAACAUCAUAGCCAUAUUCAAUGUAGUUCACUAAAUUCUUGGCAAGGAGCAAGUACAGUUGGAUCCAUUCAAGAUGUCCAGUCUGAAGCUCUUCAAAAGCAUUCUUUAUUUCACCCAAGUGGAUGUCCAGCUCUCUACUGCAAUGCAUUCUGUUCUUCAAGUAGUCCUAUAGCCUUGAGACCUCAGGGAGGUGUGGACGGUUGUUCUCCCCACAGCAAUAUAGAACCAUCACCUGUGGCAAGACUACCUUCACAUAUGGACUCAUGUAACCCACAGCCUUGCACGGUGUGUGUGCACACACCCAAGACUGAGUCAGAUAAUGGAAUGAUGGGACUAUCUCCAGAUGCAUAUCGGUUCCUCACAGAGCAAGACAGACAGCUGAGACUACUUCAGGCACAGAUUCAGCGUUUGUUGGAAGCACAGUCUCUGAUGCCCUAUUCCCCUAAGACAACCACUGUUGAAGACCCAGUACAAGCUGGAAGACAAAUGGAGUUGGUUUCUGUGGAAGCACAGUCUUCCCCUGGCUUGCACAUGAGAAAAAGUGUAAGCAUUGCUGUGAGCACAGGUGCUAGCUUGUUUUGGAAUGCAGCAGGUGAUAAUCAAGAGCCUAACUCUCAGCUGAAGCAAGAUGAUACCAAAAUUUCCAGUGAGGACAUGAAUUUUUCUGUGGAUAUUAAUAAUGAAGUCACAAGUCCUCCAGGUAGUGCAUCUUCAUUAAAAGCAGUUGAUAUUCCCAGUUUUGAAGAGAGCAACGUUGCUGUGGAAGAAGAAUUUAACCAGCCACUUUCUGUAUCCAACAGCCCUUCUCUAGUUGUGAGGAAAGAACCUGAUGUACCUGUGUUCUUUCCAAAUGGCCACCUGGCAGAAAAUGUAAGCAUGUAUUUACAGACUGGACCAACAGGGGGUGCCAGUAACAAUUCUGAAAUGUCAGGGGAACCAGAAAUUGAGCAAGUAAUGCAACCAUUGCCUCAUCAACCAUCAGAUAACCAGAAAAUUUACCAGGAUUUGUUGGGUCAAGUAAACCACCUAUUAAAUAAUUCCUCCAAGGAAACUGAGCAGCCAUCUACCAAAGCAGUAAUUAUCAGCCAUGAAUGCACCAGAACCCAAGACGUUUAUCAUACAAAGAAAAAAACACAUCAUUCAAGACUAGUAGACAAAGACUGUAUUCUUAAUGCAACUCUUAAGCAACUAAGAAGCCUUGGAGUAAAAAUUGAUUCUCCUACUAAAGUGAAGAAAAAUGCACACAAUGUGGAUCAUGCCAGUGUGUUGGCAUGCAUCAGCCCAGAAGCAGUGAUCUCUGGAUUAAACUGCAUGUCAUUUGCUAAUGUUGGCAUGAGUGGCUUAAGCCCCAAUGGUGUGGAUUUGAGCAUGGAGGCAAAUGCUAUAGCUCUGAAAUAUUUAAAUGAAAAUCAGCUCUCACAACUGUCUGUCACUCGAUCAAACCAAAAUAAUUGUGACCCAUUCAGCCUUCUCCAUAUUAAUACAGACAGAAGCACAGUGGGGCUUAGUUUAAUUUCACCGAACAACAUGUCAUUUGCAACCAAAAAGUAUAUGAGGAGAUACGGACUACUACAAAGCAGUGACAAUAGCGAAGAUGAAGAGGAGCCUCCCAACAAUGCAGAUAGCAAGAGUGAACAUUUAUUGAAUCAGAACCUUACUUCCACACCUGAACAGCUUGGUGGUCAGAAAGAGCCUUCUAAGAAUGACCAUGAAAUAAUUAAUUAUUCUAACGGCGAAUCUGUGGGCACCAACACAGAUAUGCCAGUAUUGAGAAAUAUUACAAAUGAAGUUUUGCAGUCAAAAGCCAAACAGCAGCUGACUGAAAAGCCAGCUUUCUUAUUAAAGAACCUUAAGCCAAGUCCUGCAGUGAACCUUCGAAGUGGGAAAGCAGAAUUCACUCAACAUCCUGAGAAAGAAAAUGAAGAGGACGUUGCAAUUUUUCCUGAAAGUUCGCAACCUUCUGAAACUCUAAAGCAGAUGAAUAGCAUGAAUUCAGUAGGCACCUUCUUAGAUAUAAAACGUCUCAGACAGUUACCAAAAUUAUUUUAGUUUUCUAACUCCCUGUCCAUUUAAUACAGGAACAGAGUGUCUCCUAAAGAUACUUAGGGAAGCCAGAGAGCCGUGUGGUAGUUUGGGAUUUCCUAAUCAUUCUGGAGUCAGUCUCUUUCUUGGUAAAAGCAGCCAAUUGCAAAGAGUGGCUUUUUCUAUAAAAUGGCUGGCUAGUGAUAGGACUAAGUUCUCAUUCCUCAAAUAGAGCUGUUCAACAUCAAUGAAAUAGUUAAGAAAAACAAGCCCUGAGAUCAGCUAUUCCAAAAAAUUUAAGUAGACAGAUACUAUCCAGCUCUGAAUCUCAAUUGCUCUUUUAUAUUGGACUUUUUUUUUUUUUUUUUUUGAGAUGGACUUUUUCUCUUGUUGCCCAGGCUGGAAUGCAAUGGUGCAAUCUCGGCUCAUAGCAACAUCUGCCUCCUGGGUUCAAGUGAUUCUCCUGCCUCAGCCUUCUGAGUAGCUGGGAUUGCAGGCAUGUGCCACCGCAGCUGGCUAAUUUUGUAUUUUUAGUAGAAAUGAGGUUUCUUCAUAUUGAUCGGGCUGGUCUUGAACUCCUGACCUCAGGUGGUCUGCCCACCUUGGUCUCCCAAAGUGCUGGGAUUACAGAAGUGAGCCACCACGCCCGACUAUACUGUACAUUUUAAGAAGUUCUAGCAUGUUGUAUCUCUGCAUUUAUCCCAUAUCACUAAAAGAACAUAAGUUAUCAUGUUGUUGGGUAAAUUAGCAAAAUCAGCCCUUCCUAAGUUUAAGGGAAAAGUUAUUUUUAAAAAUAACUUAAUAAAAAUAGCUUACAUUCUUUUAUACAAGAAUAUAUUUCCUGUUAAUUAGGAUGCAUGUUUAUUAAACUCUGGAGAUACAACUUUUUGCAGUGUGGUGGGUUGGUUUUAGUGUAAUGUCUUCAACAUGUAGCACUGGCUAUCGAAGAAUAAGAAAAUUACCGAGUAUGAGUGUGUUUUAUAAACUUUCUGAGUUUUUCAAAUGUCUUAGUAUUUUUUAAUAUAACAAUAAAAAUGUCUAGAUUGACUGUU